GCGGGGCUGGCGGGUCGCGGCUAUGCUCGGCCGGUCGGGCUACCGGGCGCUGCCCCUGGGGGACUUCGACCGCUUCCAGCAGUCGAGCUUCGGCUUCCUGGGCGCGCAGAAGGGCUGCUUGUCCCCGGAGCGGGGCGCCGGGGGGCCGGGGGCCGAGGUGCCCCAGAGCUGGCCGUCCUGCCUCUGCCAUGGUGUCAUCAGUUUCCUGGGGUUCCUGCUGCUGCUGGUCACCUUCCCCGUCUCUGGUUGGUUUGCCCUGAAGAUCGUACCCACCUAUGAGAGGAUGAUCGUGUUCCGGCUGGGCCGGAUUCGCACCCCGCAGGGGCCGGGCAUGGUUCUGCUUCUGCCCUUUAUCGACUCGUUCCAGAGGGUGGAUCUGAGGACCCGAGCUUUCAACGUCCCCCCGUGCAAGUUGGCCUCUAAGGAUGGGGCUGUGCUGUCUGUGGGCGCCGAUGUCCAGUUCCGCAUCUGGGACCCCGUGCUGUCGGUGAUGACCGUGAAGGACCUCAACACGGCCACGCGCAUGACGGCCCAGAACGCCAUGACCAAGGCCCUGCUGAAGCGGCCCCUGCGGGAGAUCCAGAUGGAGAAGCUCAAGAUCAGCGACCAGCUCCUGCUGGAGAUCAACGACGUGACCAGGGCCUGGGGCCUGGAGGUGGACCGCGUGGAGCUGGCUGUGGAGGCGGUUCUGCAGCCGCCCCCCGACAGCCCGGCGGGGCCCAGCCUGGACAGCACCCUCCAGCAGCUGGCCCUGCACUUCCUGGGGGGCAGCCUGUCGCCGGGUGCAGGAGGCGCCCCUCCUCCAGGGCCAGAUACCUUGGAGCUGGUGAAUGAAGUGGAGCCGCCGGGGGCCGGGCCCAGCCCCACUCCACCACCGCCCGUGGCUGAGGGGCUGCUGUCCGCUCUGCGGCCCUUCCUGUCUGAGGCGCUGGUCAGCCAGGUCGGGGCCUGUUACCAGUUCAAUGUCAUCCUGCCCAGCGGCUCCCAGAGUGUCUAUUUCCUGGACCUCAGCACAGGGCAGGGCCGGGUGGGGUCGGGGGCACCCGAUGGCGUCCCCGACGUGGUGGUGGAGCUGGCCGAAGCUGACCUGCAGGCCUUGCUGCGCCGGGAGCUGCGGCCCCUGGGCGCCUACAUGAGCGGGCGGCUGAAGGUGAAGGGCGACCUUGCCUUGGCCAUGAAGCUGGAGGCAGUGCUCAGGGCCCUGAAGUAGCGGCCCCUCACCCAGCAUCAAGCCAGGGGGACACCGUGGAAGAGGUGGCACUGCACCGUGGAUCCUGGUUCCGGCCCAGGCCGUGAAUGGAGACCGGGAGAUUUGGCGGAGGCCGGGAGGCGCCGAGGCAGGCUGCUCUGCCCUUCCCACCGGCCGGGGUCCUCUGGACAAGCCUUGGCCAUCCCCGGGCCUUUGCAGAGG